AUGUACAAGAUCAUGUUCCCGAAUGAGGUCGAGCUCAGAAAGAGGAUGUUUCGGAGAAAGAAAGGACAGUUUCUUGUCCCAGGCCCGAACUACCAGUGGUGCAUUGAUGGCCACGAGAAGCUCAGGGUGUACGGAUUCGAGAUAUACGCGGCCAUCGACGCCUACUCGCGCAACAUUAUCUGGUUCUACCUUGGGCACUCUGCCACAACUGCCUUGAGCGUACUAAAGCAGUACCUGGCGGCAUGUGACGCCUAUGGCUUCCGGCCAUGGUACUUGCAAGCGGACAGAGGGAGCGAAACGCCGUUGGUUGCAGCAGCCCAUUGGAACUUUGUUUUGACCACAGACGGACGUGUGGAAUGGCAUGAGCAAGUCUUCCAGCAAGGCAGGAGAUUGAAGGAUUCGUAUAAGGCAGCCCCGAGCACGAAGAACGUCAAGAUUGAGAGUUGGUGGGAGCGUAUGCUCCAUGUCUCCUCUCGGCAGUGGGUAGACUAUUUUGGGGAGCUCGCAAGGGACGGGGACUUCGACGGCGACAUGCUGGAGGAUCAGAUUGCCAUCUACGCCGUCUUCGAAGAUAUAUUACGUCAAGAGCUCUUCGACUUUGUCGAGGCAUGGAAUCUUCAUCGAAUACGCCUUCAAAAGAACCGUCCCCAUGUGGUCCACGGCCAGCCCUGGAUGAAUUACCAUUACCCGACCCGGAUAAGGCAUGCAAUUGGGGCAUCCCCAUUGAUCGCUCAGUUCUACACGAAAUGGGGCGACCUGGCCGGCAGCCUAUACUGGCGUACCGCAAAGCGCCAACUGGGGGCGUUGCUGAAUAUCAAGCAUUACUUGAGCGGGCAAAUCGAGCCCGAGAAGAAGAGCUUGGAGAUGGGCAAUCAGCAGAGCAACCAUUGGUUGAACUAG